AUGGCGAUGCAGUUGGACCUAUCCCAGGCACAGGUCCUGAAAGAUGAGACGGGAAGACCCUUCAUUGUCGUCCGAGACCAAGGAAAAAAGAGGAGAACACAUGGCAUAGAUGCUGUUAAGCAGCACAUUGUCGCAGCUCGCACGAUUGCAAACAUUGUCAGAACCUCGUUAGGCCCACGCGGUCUCGACAAGAUCCUCAUAUCUCCAGACGGCGACAUUCAAAUAUCAAACGAUGGGCGCACAAUCAUGUCGGAGAUGGAAAUAACACAUCCUAUCGCUAAACUUAUGGUCGAACUUUCAAAAUCACAAGAUGAGGAGAUUGGUGAUGGUACCACUGGCGUUGUCGUCUUGGCUGCUGCUCUUCUCGACCAGGCCGCAGACCUCAUCGACAAAGGCAUCCAUCCCAUUCGAAUCGCCGACGGCUUCGACCAGGCUUGCGAGGUUGCUGUGGCACAUCUGGACAAGAUUAGCGAUGAGGUCACCUUCACCCGCGAGAAGCAAGAAAACCUGAUUAAAGUGGCCAAAACGAGUCUCGGAAGCAAGAUCGUCAGCAAGUCCCAUGACCAGUUCGCCAAGAUUGCUGUCGACGCUGUCAUGUCAGUCGCCGACCUCGAGCGGAAAGACGUCGACUUCGAGCUCAUCAAGGUCGAUGGUAAAUCAGGCGGUUCAAUUGAAGACUCUUUACUUGUCAAAGGGGUCAUCAUCGACAAAGACUUCUCUCAUCCGCAGAUGCCCAGCGAAGUGAGGGAUGCCAAACUGGCAAUCCUGACGUGUGCCUUUGAACCUCCGAAACCAAAAACCAAACACAAGCUCGAUAUAUCCACCGUGGAAGAAUUCAGGAAGUUACAACAGUACGAAAAGAACAAGUUUGUGGAAAUGAUCGACAUGAUUAAAGCUACGGGGGCAAAUCUUGUGAUUUGUCAGUGGGGUUUCGACGAUGAGGCAAACCAUCUUCUUCUUCAAAACAAGCUGCCAGCAGUCCGAUGGGUUGGCGGGCCUGAAAUCGAGCUGAUAGCCAUUGCCACCAACGGUCGCAUCGUGCCGCGAUUCGAGGACUUGAGCAGCGAGAAACUAGGCAAAGCUGGCGUGGUCCGAGAAAUGACUUUUGGUACCACGCGAGAAAAAAUGCUGGUCAUUGAAGAGUGCGCCAAUACCCGAGCUGUCACCGUGUUUGUAAGAGGUAGCAACAAGAUGAUCAUCGAUGAAGCCAAGAGAUCGCUUCACGACGCUCUGUGUGUUGUUCGCAAUCUCGUCAGAGACAACAGAGUCGUCUACGGCGGUGGCGCCGCUGAGAUCGCUUGUUCUAUCGCUGUCGAGGACGCGGCGUCGAAAUCGCCAGGUCUGGAACAGUACGCCAUGAGAGCCUUUGCCGACGCCUUGGACGCAAUUCCCAUGGCCCUGGCAGAGAACUCUGGUCUGAGUCCAAUUGAGACGUUGGCCGAGGUGAAGUCACGGCAGAUCAAAGAACAGAACUCUCGGCUAGGUGUUGACUGCAUGGGAACUGGGAAUAAUGAUAUGCGCGCGAACUUUGUUAUCGAUCCCUUAAUUGGAAAACGACAGCAGUUGCUUCUCGCGACUCAGCUAUGUCGAAUGGUCCUGAAAAUCAACAACGUGAUUGUGGCGGGCAGCGACGAAAACGACUUCUAG